CUCCUGAAGAAAAGGAGGAAAUUAAAGGGCAGUAUGAGAAGCUUAUGGAUGCUUAUGGGUGCUUAGGAGCAAUCAAGUUAAAAUCUGGUAAUGCCACAAUGCAUUUUCUGGUCCUCGUGACAGGCUGUACAUCAGUGGGGAAAAUCCUUGAUUCUGAAGUUUACAGAAUCACAGCAACAGAAUUCUGUCCUCUCCAGGAAGGAACCAAAGAAGAGGAUCGUCUUUCUACUCUGAAGAAAAUUCUGAACUCUGGGGUGUUCUUCUUCUCUUGGCCAAACACAGGAUCCAACUUUGAUCUCACUGUCCGAGCCCAGGAGCAAGGUGACAGCAAGUAUCAAGCUGGGAGUUCCUUCUUCUGGAACCAGCUGCUGCAUGUCCCUUUUAGACAUUAUCAGGUGAAUUGCUCUGACUGGUUGUUAAAAAUUAUCUGUGGCGUGGUGGACAUUCGCACUCUUUACGCCUCGCACAAGAAGGCAAAAGCCUGUCUUAUCUCCCGGAUCAGCUGUGAACGAGCUGGUGCCCGGUUUCACGUACGAGGAGUCAAUGAUGAUGGACACGUUUCUAACUUUGUCGAGACGGAGCAGACUAUCUAUUUGGACAAUGACGUUUCUUCGUUUGUUCAAAUUAGAGGUUCUGUUCCAUUGUUCUGGGAGCAACUUGGACAUCAGGUUGGGUCCCGGCAUCUGAAACUUACUAGAGGCCUAGAAGCAAAUGCCCCUGCUUUUGACAGGCAUAUGAUGCUUCUGAAAGAACAAUAUGGUAAACAAGUGAUUGUUAAUCUUUUAGGAAGCAAAGGAGGAGAGGAGGUCCUCAACAGAGCUUUCAAGAAGUUGCUGUGGGCAUCAUCCCAUGCAGCAGACACACCGAUGAUUAAUUUUGAUUACCGACAGUUUGCAAAAGGUGGGAAAAUGGAGAAGCUCGAGAAUUUGUUGGGGCCUCAACUGAAGUUGCACUGGGAAGAAUUAGGCAUCUUCACAAAAGGCGAGAACAUAAGUUCUUGUCAACAGAUGGGUAUCUUGCGAACGAAUUGCCUGGAUUGUCUUCAUCGAACUAACACCGUACAGUCCUUCAUAGCACUUGAGGUUCUGCUUACUCAACUAGAGAGCCUCGGAUUAAACUCCAAGCCUAUAAUUGAACGCUUUCUAGAAUCAUAUAAGGCAAUGUGGGCCCUCAAUGGACACAACCUGCGUAGGAUUUUUACAGGCAGACGUGCCUUGGAAGGAAAAGCUAAGGUGGGGAAACUUAAGGAUGGUGCUCGUUCAGUAUCACAUACUUUUCAGCCAAACUUCUUUGAUGGGGUGAAACAAGAAGCCAUUGACUUACUGCUCAUGGGCGAUCACUGCAGUGACGACUAUGCAGAUAAAGAACGAAUGCUAAUGGACCAUACCGCGCUGCUGAUGACUCCAAGCAUUCUGAAAGCUAUGUCAGAUCGUCAAUUUGAAUUCACUAAAUUCAAGAGAGUCCGUGUUGCCAUGGGGACCUGGAAUGUAAAUGGAGGCAAACAGUUUAAGAGCAAUAUCCUUGGUACCAGUGAAUUAACAGACUGGCUACUGGAUUCUCCUAAGCUCUCUGGGGUGUCAGAAUUUCAAGAUGACCAUUGCCCUGCUGACAUAUUUGCUGUCGGAUUUGAAGAGAUGGUGGAGUUAAAUGCUGGGAAUAUUGUGAAUGCUAGCACAACUAACAAGAAGAUGUGGGGAGAACAGCUUCAGAAAGCUCUUUCCAGGACUCAUCGUUACAUUCUCUUGACUUCAGCACAGCUUGUUGGUGUUUGCCUUUUCAUAUUUGUACGACCAUACCAUGUCCCUUUCAUCAGAGAUGUAGCAGUGGACACAGUGAAGACCGGAAUGGGAGGGAAAGCUGGGAACAAAGGAGCAGUUGCCAUUCGUUUCCAGUUUCAUAGCACCAGCUUGUGCUUUAUAUGCAGUCACUUGACAGCUGGUCAAUCUCAGGUGAAAGAACGGAAUGAGGACUAUAAAGAGAUCACUCAGAAGCUAAGUUUCCCAAUGGGAAGAAAUAUGUUUUCACAUGACUAUGUGUUCUGGUGUGGUGACUUUAACUAUCGCAUUGACUUGACCUAUGAGGAAGUAUUUUAUUUUCUCAAACGACAAGACUGGAGGACACUCCUGGAAUUUGAUCAAUUGCAGCAGCAGAAAUCCAAUGGAAAAAUUUUUAAGGAUUUUCAUGAAGGAACUAUUAAUUUUGGUCCAACAUAUAAAUAUGAUGUUGGUUCGGAGGCUUAUGAUACAAGUGAUAAAUGUAGAACUCCAGCCUGGACUGACAGAGUUCUUUGGUGGAGUGAGAAACUUCCUAUUGAUAAAACAGCUGGAGAGCUCAAUCUCCUUGAUGCUGAUUUCCAUGUGGAAACCAAAGCCAGACCCAUUUGGUCUCCUGGUGCCUUGAUGUAUUAUGGAAGAGCUGAGCUCCAGGCAAGCGAUCACAGGCCCGUGUUAGCAAUUGUGGAAAUGGAAGUCCAGGAAGUUGAUGAAGCUACUCGGGAGAGAGUCUUCCAGGAAGUGUCCUCCUUCCAGGGUCCUCUGGAUGCCACAGUAGUGGUGACACUAUUGUUACCAUCCCCUGAGGAAAAAGAUGAAUUUCCUGAGGAUUUGCGAACAGAGCUUAUGCAGAUCUUUGAGACUUACGGCACUGUUGUGCUAGUUAGGAUCCAUGGAAGUCAAAUGUUGGUGACAUUUGCAGAAAGCAGAUCUGCUCUUCAUGUUCUUGAUGUAGAUGGUGUCAAGAUUCAUGGCAAAACUGUGAAGAUUUCACCUAAAACCAAGGACUGGCUGAAGGGCCUACAGGAAGAAAUUGCUAGGAAAAGGGACAGCAUGGCCCCAAUGUCACCCACAGCAAACUCCUGUCUACUGGAGGAAAAUUUUGAUUUUUCAAGUUUGGAUUAUGAAUCAGAAGGUGAUAUUCCUGAUGAAGAAGAUGAUUGUCUGGAUGAUACAUUGCUUCAGUUACCUCUUACAUCAGAUAUGGCAUUAGCAGUGGAAGAUCUGCUGGAUGGGCCUGAAAAUUUGACAGGGGCCUCUGUACCCCAUGCGAACAAAUCUCACCCUGGAGGAAGAAAGUUAUCUCCAUAUAAAGAGGAUACCAACCUGGCUGAACUAAAGCAAGAAACAGAAGGAAGUGGGGAGUUUCGUCGCCAUUCCCCAAGCAGGUCUCUUUCUGUUCCUGGAAGACCUCGGCAGCCUCAGCCACCACAGCGACCUCCUCCUCCAGUUGGAGUAUCUGUUAAAAAAUCUACAUCAGAUGGCUCCAUCUCUUCAGGCGGCCAUUCGUUGUCCUCUAUCCUACAGACUGCAAAGCUGCUUCCAGGGGCACCACAGCAGCCACCCAAAUCACGGACUGGAAUUAGUAAGCCAUACAAUGUGAAACAAAUCAAAACCACUACCCCUCAGGAAGCAGAGGAAGCCAUCCGGUGUCUGAUGCAAGCAAAAGGAGUAGCAACAGAUGAUGCUGUGGCACCUGUUCCAGGAAAGACACAAAGUGUCAGUAAACCUGAAAGCUUCCCCAGUGUUCCCAAGCCAACUCCAGCACUCAUACCUCAACGUCCUCCACCCAAAGUCCCAACCACUAAGAAACCAGUACCCUUGCAAAGAAUGGGAGGGAAACCAGAAGAUCCCUCCUCUCCAGAAGAGCAGUUUGAACAGUCUGCGGGUUACUUCUCUUUUGCAUCGUCAGAGUCGUGCCCUGAAGGCAGAGCCAUUACUAGUCCCGUGAGCGCACAUCCUGUUCCUAAACCAAGAACAACACAGCAUGGCAAGAUCCUUGAGAGGAGGAGAAGCAAUGAAAGGCAAUCACCCGCACUGUGUCUUUUUGAGGAAAGUUCUCAUAUUCCUGUUCAGAAUCCCACCUAUGCUGCUCCGAGAGUUCCACCGAGGAGAAAGAAGUCUGCUCCUCCAGAUUUCCAUCUGCAAGUGCUUGAGGACAGUGACAGCUUGUUUCUAAAGGGUUUAACACUCAACUCUAACAACCAUCCCUCAGAAUCCUCUUUUGUAAUACAAGAUUCAGAUCCCAUUCCACUUUCUGCUUGCAAGUCCCUUAUUCUUCCGACAGCAAUCAUAGCCAGUCCUGUCAGCAAUGGCUCUAAGCUUCUGAGAUCACCCACUUCCGAAUUUAGUAGUCAGCAUGCUUGUCCUCCCAUUUCUGUCCACCAACAGCAGCAGCUUUCAGGAAGUGUUGGUGUCAUGGGAAAUGCCAAUCUGUUAGACCUAGAUAUAGACUUUGCGGCUUAUCACUCAGUAACUCAGCCUCUGCCAGUCGGCCCAUCUCAUGCUCCAAAUGAUUUGAAACUUUCCAGCCCUACAGAUUUCAGUCACUGGGUUACUUUUGGUGAAGUGGGAAACCAUGGCCUUAGACCUCAAGUUCCAAAAGAACUGCUCCCCUUCACACAAAACCAAAAUGACUGUGUAGAUACAAGUUCAGAUUUAAAAUGAUCCUAUUUUCUUGUGGCUUCUAAAACAUCAGAAUAAUAAUAAUGGUAAUGAUAAUGAUAAUAGGACAAGAUUUUUCAAAAUAAUUUGCUGCACUCUUAAGAGUUCUUCUACAGAAAAGACUAAUUUCAGCAAAUGAGUUAUGGUACUUCACCCACCCAACCCAAUGAAUUCUGAUUCAACACAAUUGGUAAAUUUAGCAGUAACAACGUGUUUUCCAUGUGGAUAGUGUACUAUUCCUGCUGCAGCCACUCUUGUUCUACUCUUGUCUACUUUUCUUUGCAGUGAAAGUGAAAGCAUGAUGGAUUUUGUAUUAUGGAUAACAGGCACUUCAUGUCUCUUUAGAUUUAGUUAAUGUAACUUCUUUACAAACUUACACAUACCUUCUAGGAAUGAGGUCUUACUGAACUUAGUGGAAUUUAUUUGGGGGUGGUGGUAAAUGUGUACAUUCUAGAGUUUUGUGUUUUCUUUUUCAUGUAUGUUCAUAUCUGUGCCCUAUGAGAAGGCAAUUUAAAACAAACAGGCUCAAUUAAUUCACUUUGCAUUUCAGUGAGGCCUGUAUUGGAGAUGACAUUUCUGAUUAUUGUACCUAGAGAGAGCAACACAGAGUUAAGAUGGAGAUGGUGACAGAUGUGAAAAUAAACACCAAAACUCAUCCAAAGUUGUGUCUUACAAGCAUCAGGAACUGAGAUGUCAUAGUACAGUAUCAGGAAUUGCCACCAAUGUUAGAAUGUCUGAGGAAGAACACUGUUGGUGGAAUAGACAAUGGUAUCUCAGAAGAUGAGGAUUUAUAUGAGAUGACUAGAAGAUGCAUUUUGAGUCCUGUUGCUGCAGUCCCUUCCCAAACUGAAUUAUGAACUGAAGUGGUCCAUCUGAAUUUGAAGAGUUACUCCCACAUGGCUUUCCUAUUGAGUUGCUGUUUGCUGCUAUAGCCACUGACUCCUGGCCCUGGCUGGUUCAGGAGGUUCAAAACUACUCCCAUGUUAAGAACAGAAAUAUGUAGCAGAUGUCACAAAGGACAUGUGAGAGAGGCCUCUGUAUUAGUUCCAUGGCUUUCAGCCUUUGGGGUUGGUCCCCAAGAAUAAAAUCUUGCUCAGAGCAUUGUAUGUUCAGUAGGAUUAUAGAGAAAAAUUAUGAGUUCUGUGAUACUAGCAUAAAAUAUGGAGGAAAACAUUCUUUGUAGCUAAGAAAGUUACUUGGAUUUACAGGGGAGUCAUACAGUCUGGGGGCUGAACAAGACUGUAAUUUAUUAGUGGCAGGACUAUAUCACUUUUAAUGAAGAACUACAUGAUGAAUUAUUUUCCUGUAAUUGAUGGGGGGAACUGUAUCAUAUAUUUUUUAUUGAGGCUGUAAAUAUUAUUAA